GGGCGCCGCGCCCGCCAGCCGUCAGGGAGCCGCUUGCUGAUCGCCGCGCUCGCCCGGCUUCGGCGCCGCCCCUGCUCGUGGCCCGGCUACCUAGAAGCUGAAGGACUGACAGCUCACACUGCCGGCAGCGGGAUGGGUGCUCGGAUGGGAGUAUUCUGAAGUCUCAGGAAGUUGGCCCGUGUAAAUGUUCAUGGCCUGUGAAAAAGGCAUAUAAGAAACCAUGGCACUCCCUUUUCAAAAAGAGUUGGAGAAAUACAAGAACAUUGAUGAAGAUGAGCUUCUUGGCAAACUCUCAGAAGAGGAACUGAAACACUUGGAAAAUGUUCUCGAUGACCUAGAUCCCGAGAGUGCCCUGCUACCAGCUGGAUUCCGACAGAAAGACCAGACCCAGAAAGCAGCCACCGGCCCGUUUGACCGCGAGCAUCUCCUCAUGUAUCUGGAGAAGGAGGCUUUGGAACAGAAAGACAGGGAAGACUUUGUGCCCUUCACUGGAGAGAAGAAAGGUAGAGUCUUUAUCCCCAAAGAAAAGCCUGUGGAAACUCGUAAAGAAGAAAAGGUGACCCUUGAUCCAGAACUGGAAGAAGCUUUGGCCAGUGCCUCCGACACUGAACUCUAUGAUCUUGCAGCUGUUCUUGGAGUACACAAUUUGCUCAAUAAUCCAAAGUUUGAUGAAGAAACACCCAACUCUAAAGGUGGCAAAGGGCCUGUGAGAAAUGUGGUCAAAGGUGAAAAGGUCAAGCCUAUAUUUGAGGAACCACCCAACCCCACAAAUGUGGAAGUAAGCCUGCAGCAGAUGAAAGCCAAUGAUCCCAGCCUCCAAGAAGUCAAUCUCAACAACAUCAAGAACAUCCCAAUUCCAACUCUGAAGGAAUUUGCAAAAGCUCUGGAGACCAACACUCAUGUGAAGAAGUUCAGCCUGGCGGCGACCCGCAGCAACGACCCUGUGGCAAUUGCUUUUGCAGAUAUGCUGAAAGUAAACAAGACCUUGAAAAGUCUAAACAUAGAAUCCAAUUUUAUAACCGGAAGUGGGAUCCUGGCCCUGGUGGAUGCACUAAGGGAAAAUGACACCUUGACAGAAAUCAAGAUUGACAACCAGAGACAGCAAUUGGGAACAGCUGUAGAGAUGGAAAUUGCCCAGAUGCUCGAGGAGAAUUCAAGGAUCCUCAAAUUUGGAUAUCAGUUUACCAAGCAAGGACCACGAACAAGGGUGGCAGCUGCCAUCACAAAGAAUAAUGACUUGGUUCGUAAAAGGCGAGUUGAAGGAGACCGAAGGUAAAUUUCUACAAGAAGUAAAGGUUCACCACGGCAGCCGUUUAAAAAUGAACAAAAACUCUUCUCCUUUCCCACCGGGACCAUUUUAUCAAAGGUCGUUCAUUUUCGUUAACCACACAACUAAUAAUUUAGUUGUUAUUCUUUUUUAGCACUCCUUAUUUAUCUUGGGUUUUUUAAGAUACACAGUAGUUUUAUUUGCUCAUGGGCACCUCUGGCAACUUGCACCUGUGGACAUGUGUGGAUCUGUAGAGGAUGACAGCAGUGGAAAAUGAUUUCACAGCUUUCGUGUUGGGUUGUGUUACUUUGUUACAUAGACUUUUUUUUUAAACCACUGCAAGGAGUUUAGUAUAUAAGUGUGUUUGUAACUGUGAUUAUGAUAGAAGCCUAUCUCUGUUUACAUGCAUGGCUUUGAGUUAGGCUAAGUACAUCAGAAGUAUUCUGCUGACUACAGAGGAAGUUAGUAUUGCCAAUCUUUCACUGGAUGAGAAAAUGUGACUCAACUUAGCACAACUUCUCUGAGUUCCAGAAAUGUCACUAAAUGCAAAUGCGCCCGCUGAUCAGAAAUCAGUGGUGUCAUCUUUAUAAAAACAAGACAGCAUUAUGAUACUUUAACACAGCCUUACUAAAUAAGUAAAUAAAAUGGUUAUUAACCCACAAAUAUAGCUUCCAGCCAGACUCACAGGCAGCAAAAUGAACUGCUACAUCUACCUUCACUGAUUAUUCACCAUAAAUGCAAUCUUUAACAUGACUCUCUGAUGGAUAACUUUUCACAAAACUGUCUGAAAGUUUUCCAGACAUGAUGGUUAUUUUUAAAGAUUGGUAAGAGGAAGACUUUUAAAACAGUACAUGCCCAAAUAAAACAAUAAUGAUUGCACCUUAAUCAAGGCUGUCUGAUACACACAACUGCAUUAUUUUGGCACAUUUUAGAGGCAUUUAUUGCUUUUUCUUUAGUGUAGCAAGAUCACAGGAUGAAAUGAGAACGUUCGAGUUAAUUAUACAGAUUUUUGUCUACGUGGCAUGAUCCAUCCAGACAUUUGCAAACGUCAGGAAAAAAAUGUGAAUUAUCACUUACCCAGGUGUUUGUCAUCUCAAGAAUGAGAGCCGGGAAAGCACAACUGAGAUGAUUGCACGACAGUGAGCAUUAAUCUUCUAACCCAGAAGCGCAACUCGAAACCUGCACUAAGGAAACAGGUCUUUGCUAACUCGCUGCCCAAGGCUGUCAUUGGUGGCACUCUGACAAGUAGCUUACUCCCUGCUCUCCUCCCGUCCUUCCAGCUCAUUCUCUUUUUUCUCGCCUCUGUAAUUUGAGCCUUGGCAAAGUUGGCUUCCCUUGUGCUGGCAACACCUGGAGCUAGAGAGGUGCUGAUUCCGGCAGAAGGUGGGUCCAGUCCAGGAUCUGUUUAAUAAUUGAGUGUUCCCAGAGUUGCUUGAGAGCAGUACAACCAGUUAACGUAAAACAAUUCACAUAUUAUUCUAGUUAGUUUGUAAAGCACAUGGAAAUCGUUUAGGAUAGGCAGCCUUUCUCAAAUUAGACCUUUACCUGUAUUUCAAGUAGUCACAUCUGUAGCUCUAAAAUCCUUUGAAACAUCUCAUUUUCUUGAGAAUGUUUUACUUUUUUUGUGAGGGACUAAUGAGCAGAACAUGUUGACAUUUUUAGAACUCUGAAGUCUUUAGGUUGUUGUUUUUUUACUACAUCUCCCUAUCUAUAGAAAAAGUACAGUGCAUAUUAUUUAAUGGUUUUCAGUCUGAUUUUUACCUUCCCUUCUAAUCACUUAGCUGUGGAAGGUUGGAGCCAACUUAUACAGGAUGACUGAUGAUUAAAUUUUCAAGAAUUUUGCAUAUUGUUGAACACAGCCAUUAUAACAAUUAAAUGACAUACACUUACAGUUAAAUAUGUUGUAUUAGAAACAAAAGUAGUGCUCAAAGAUUUUACUGCUUUCUGGGCUCCCAAAAGUGCUGGCCCUGUUGUGUCUGUGUGGCAGACACUGUGUGAUGGUGUGCGGUUCACACCUCUUCCAACCUCAAGUUCGGGGCCUCUUGUUGCUGGUUUGGAAUUGGCCCUGGUGGGAGUAUUUAUACCAAGGAAGUUAUCAAAUAUUAUAAAUCAGGGCUUUUCUCCACUAGGUUGCUGGUUUAUAAACAUUCAUCAGCAACGUAUACAAUUUUUUGGAGUGUACAUAAGUUUUGGUUACCAUGUUGCCAAAGGGGAAAACAUUUCUCAGUCUCUCUCCUAUCAUUUUAGAUUCAAUGCAGAUAUAUUUAAGUGCUGAGUCCCUGGCAUGCCCCUUCUAGUAAGGCUUUUUCCUUUCUUUUCUCAUUCACUGUCUUUCUUACCUUUACCCCAAAGAAAUCUUGGAUUCUACAGAGUGUCUUCUGCGGCCCCCAAGUGCUGUAUGUAGACUGGGGGCUGAAGCAGCUUCUGAUAAACGCUGGCAAAAGCAAGAAAGAAAAAAAUCAGAAUUUGAUUGUAACUGUGCUGCAGUUGUUGAUAGUAUUAAAGUAAGAUAAUGGGGUAUUAUCAAAAUUUAGCACUAUUUCAGCUUGUAAAAUAGUUGGGUUACAUGUAAUAGAGUCUAUGAAAUCAAAUAUUUAUUACUAAUCAUUUUAUCUUAGUAUUACCUGUGUUUUAAAAGUAGCUUGAAAGGUGACAUUUUCAUGAGUAUUCACAUGAGUAUCCUUAUGUUAAAGAUAACUAUUAGAAAAUAAACUUACAUUUUGGGAUCCUAUAAAUAACUUAAUUAGCCUAGGACUUCAUCUCUCCAUCUGCCCAAAGUGGGCACGUAGAAGCUCAUUCAUGAUCAUGGUGGUGCAUAAUGUAUAUAAAAUAUUUUUAUACAUCUACGUCUUGCCAAAUACUAUGUUGAGAUAUUUGGCGACAUCUGGACAUCUGAUUGAAGGGAGAUAAUCUCUCCUCAGGCCACCUCCUUCCCUCUUGUAGACCUGUACAGGCCCAUAUCAGGUCAUGAUCACUCUCCUGGGCCUGCAGCUUUGUAUCACAUGACUCCUGAAAGGUGGCUUUUCGGAGAUGAAUUCUGGAAGUCUGGAGGUCGUGUCAGUAGUCCAGCAGUGCAUCCCCCAUCUUAUGGAAGUGUGUAAUGGAAGCUGUUUCAUCGUCAUCAGCAUGAUUAAAUCCCUUUCAUCUCUGUAGGGCCUCAUGUAAAUAAAUGUGUGUGUGUGUGUGUGUGUGUGUGUGUGUGUGGCCAAAUAUCUAACUAAUAUCUAACUGGGUAUUUGGCUACAUCUGGACAUCUGAUGGAAGGGCGUGCUCUCUCCCCAGCUCCAUGUCCCUUGUCAUUUUUAGAGUUGCUGCAGGCCCAGGUUAAUGUGAAGUCACUCCCUGGACUUUAAGUUUGCCAACCACCAAAUUUUAUAGCAUGUAUGGACAGUAACCUUAGUGAAUAAAUAUUAGAAACCUUGAAAUCAUUUCAUUGUUUCAGCCCCAAAUCUCUCCAUAUGCCUAAAGUGUAUAAGUAGAAGCUCUUUCAUCUUCAUCAACGCAAUCCAGCCCCGUCCUUCCAUCUGUGUUAGGGUAUACCAUACAAAUGUGUAUACAUAUUUUGUACAUAAAGAUCGCCAAAUACUGGAGGAAGCUAUUUGGCUAAACCUGGACAACUGAUUGAAGGGAGAUGCUGUCUCCUAGUCCCACUUCCCUUAUACCCCUUUCAGCAUUGCUACAGGCCUCCAUUAGGCGAGAGUCACUAACCUGGAGGGGCAUGUGCAGCUCACCUGUCUGAGAGUGCACAGUUCAUUGCACAGUAAAAGCCCAUCUCCAUUUCAAAAUUCAGAAAUCCCAAAUGCCUAUGUUCCUCAAAACAGUUUCCCUAAGGGAAGGCCAGCACUCCAGGUAGAAACAACAGCAGCUUCUCUUCCAGACAGAAAUGUGGUCCCUGGCAGGGCACCAGCACUUAGGGAAACCAGUGUGCUCUGAGUAACUGCCACGAGAACCUUUCAGCCCCUCACACUUGAAACCUGGUGUUGAGUAAGCAUCAGCAUGCUGUAAAUGUAAGGUGGCCCUUUAAAUUCACAAAAGAGCUUGCAGAUAUUUUCCUUUUUCGUGACCAUGAUGUACUUAGCCCUCUCUUAGUCACUGUGAAGGAGACAGAGGAAGUACAAAGCUCUGGAUUGAUAUAAUUUGAUACGUGUUUCUUGGACUUUGAGGGUAGAGUGCCUUUUUACAAAGCAGACACCAUCUUUAGUGCAAGUAUUUAUAGCAUCAGCAAAAACGGGCAGGGGCAGUAAGAUGUGAAUACUAGGUUCUGUGGUACAUUACCUGUACUCAGUGGAACUCUUUCUGGAAUCAGGUUUUAAGUCAUGAUCCUGAAGGUUCCUUCCUCUCGUACACUAAUGAUGUAGUAAUAGCUACUUUCAUUUUAAUGAGCAGAGAACGAAGAUUAAAUGUUUUAGCUCUGCCUUCCAGUAGCAGUUUUCCCUUGUUGUACCUCAUUUCAAGUCUCCCCAUCACAUACUGUACCACCUUCAAAACUAAAGGACUGAGACACUUGCAAAGAGAAGGUGUGAGAAUGAUGGGAGUGUCAGGCUGAGCCCUCUGGAUGAAAAUCACAUGACCAUCCCCCCUACCCCCACCCCCCCACCCCCAUCCCCCCUGCAACAAACUAGAAAGAAAAAAGUACCCAGAACCCAGGACGAUUCCUUGUUUCUUGCUACCAACUCUGGAUUAGAUUGGAUUUUGUUUGUGGUUCAGGAGUUGGGUAAAGUGAAGAGGCUGAGUGAGGUGGAGAAGGAAGAUGGAAAUGAGAGGUUUUAACUUGCGUAAUGGCAGAAGUAAGCUCUGCUUAGCUUAUGUCUUUCCCAACUGCUGAUAACAUCAGUGAUUGACUAUUCAGUGGGUGAAUGGAGGUGGAGUUCCAGGGCCUAAACUGGGAAACUGCCUCUGGGUACAGCUCUAGAAAGACUGCACGGGUACCAGAGGUUGUCCCAGUUUUGUGAUGCAUCAUUGACUUGGGGGAAGGUGAAGGAGGCUAGAAAUUUCUCUGGUAUCGUCCGUGGCAGUCAUUCUGAGCACACUGGCUUUGCUGGUUGGUAUGGUGAAUGGGCACCAUACUGACAGAUUAGAGACUGACUCCUAAUUCCAUCACCAACACUUAGCAGGUAUACGAUCAUGGGCAAUUCAUUUAAUUGCCUGCCAGUUACAGACUGUACAGGGGGAAGAGCACUGGAUUUGGAGUCAAGAAACCUGGACACUUGGCUCCAUGCUUUCUUAGCUGGGUGACUUUGAGGCAAGCCACUUAGCCUCUCAAGUCCAAGCUUAUUCAGCUAUAUUAUAAUGGGAAUAAUAUCUUCACUAACUACCUCACAGAGUUGUGGUGAGGGCAUAAUAAGAUAGUAAGAUGAAAAUACUAUACUCGACAGGAUUAUACAAAAGUGGGAGGUCAUUUUUAUCAUCUCUUCACUAAUGUUUUCCACUGCCUCUUGAAUCUGUUUUCUUCUGAGCAACAAUUACACCUUCCUCAUGUUUUGAGUAAUGAGUAUGGCAAAUAGAGGCAUGAGUAUGACGUCAGGGACUGGAAUUACUUCAUUUUUCACAUUGACACAGGACAGGUGGUUGGUGGGGGCAGUGGGUGUUACAUCCCAGUGAUGUGUGUGGUCGGGAGUGUUCCUGAGUCACUCUGGUGGUUCUUUGGGAUGCGGUCAGGACCCUUGCUGAGAGCCUAAGGCUGGACACCUGGGGGAAGGAAACAGUGAUUUGAGGAGAGGGUCUGGGCACUGCUGCCCUCCUAUCAGCUCUGUCACCUCUCAGGGUGAGACAGGCUAUGACCCGAGGGGUGACAGAGGGCUAAGAGAAAGACUGUCUUCAGGGUGCACUUGUGAUAGCAGCUCUCCUGGGCAGCAGCUGUUUUGUGAUCACCAGCAACCUUAGCCCUGCCCAGUAUUAUUUUCUGUGGAGAAAGAUCUUGAAACAUGGCCUCAUGGGACUUUUCAUAAGCACUUGGAGGCAGCAACUAUCUCAUCGAACUUUGUGCCCUCAGUAGAAUCUAGUAAGGUGCCUUGUAUACAAUAGGUGCUUAAUAAAUGUUGCUUGAAUUAAAUUGUCCUCCAGCUCCAAAAAAAAAAAAAAACUCCAUUUGCCACCAUGUGGUAUUUUUGGAAAACAAUACUGAUUUGGCUAUCAGCUGUGUGUGGCUUUGGGCAAGACUUCCAUCGAUCUUGUCUUCAUUUCAUCCGGAGAAUGAAGUGAGUGGAGUAGGUGCUCUCCUAGGCCCUUCCCAGCUCCUCGAACAUUACGAUCCGAUCCCGUGGUUCUGAGAUGUUUCCUUUGCAGUUUCAUCUCUCUUCGGAAGAUUUUUGUUCAGAGGAACAGGUCUGAACUUCCCUGUUAGUUGUCUGUUCAUCUUCAGCAUAGUUCUUGAGGAACAGCCUUUUCUGAAAGGAUAUUUUUAAAUACCUAAUUUUUUCUCCUCAGGGUUGACGGUGGAAAGGGGGAAAUGCAGAGAAGGAAACUUGAGCACAGUAAACAGCAUGUUUUUCAUAGGUUUUUGUUUAAGGUUUGAGAGACAGAGUGUGUGUGUGUGUGUGUGUGUGUGUGUGUGUGUGUGUGUGUGUUUCUGAGAGCAUAUUGAUUGGAUAACAGAGAAGCCAAUCAGAAGUACAUGUGCAGUUGAGAGAAGCUGGCCCACUAUUAAAAAUUCCCCAUGGAUAAUCUAAAUGUGGGUAGAUGGGAACUGGCUAUAUGAUGAAAUGAGAUGGAAGGAAAUGUGCAUUUUAAGAAAUUGUAUUUUAUUAGCAAAUGUUGCCAGUGACAAUCUUUAGUUAAGAAAGAAAUUGUUCUGACCUAAAAUUUUUAUCUCUGCCACUUUGGUGUUUUUUUUUUCC